ACACAACUACAUUAAAAUCAUAAUGAUAAUAAAUAAUAAAUAUAAUAAUGAAAGUGGCAAAGUCUUUGUUAAAUCACACGAGUAGUAGUAACAAACAAAGUCAUUGCCGUGUUUGACUUGAAACUCAAAAACAGUAAUCUUCCUUUUUGUUUGGUUUAUACUCUCCCACACGACACAUAUUACACGCUACCAAUCAAUCUUCUUAAAUCUCAGAUUUCAUUUCUUCUUCUCUAAUCUAUCAUCACCAUAUGCUGAUCGAUCUUUUACUAUUUCUUGCUCUUUUUGGUUUCAACACUUUCUUCUGAAACAAAAAAUAAUACACAAACAUGAUGAGAAGAGUUAAUGAUGGUAACAACACUUUGGAUACUAUUAACGCUGCUGCUUUUGCUAUAGCUUCAUCCCAGAAUCGUCUUUCUCAACCUUCUAAUCAGAAGAAAAAAUGGGGAAACUGGUUGAACAUAACAGGGUGUUUCGGAUAUCAAAAAAACAACCGAAAGCGAAUUGGACAUGCUGUUCUUGUUCCAGAAACAACACCUGCUGGAUCAGAUUCUGCUGCUAAUGUUGUUAAUUCAACAGCUCAAGCACCGCCAAGUAUAACACUUCCCUUCAUUGCUCCUCCUUCAUCUCCUGCAUCAUUAUUUCAAUCAGAACCACCUUCAACCGCGCAAUCACCGGUCGGUUUAGUCUCUAAAAGCAUGUACUCUCCCGGCGGCCCUAACUCAAUCUUUGCCAUUGGCCCUUAUGCGCACGAAACACAAUUAGUUUCGCCGCCUGUUUUUUCGGCUUCAUCAACCGCACCUUUCACUCCACCUCCCGAGUCAGUUCACUUGACUACACCUUCUUCACCCGAGGUUCCGUUUGCUCAACUAUUUGACUCCAAUAACAGAAACUCUGAGACUUUCCAGAGGUUCCAAAUAUCUCACCAUGACUUCCAAAAUUAUCAGUUUCAACCUGGAAGUCCAGUUGGUCCGCUGAUAUCACCAAGAUCUGCGAUCUCUGGCAACUCGUCUCCUUUGCCGGACGAAUUUCAAACACUAGACACUGCUAAGCUUCUUAAAUUGGAUAAGCUCUCAACUUAUGGAAAACAGAAGUCGAAUCGAAGUUCCGGGUCUAUAACUCCAGAUACUGUAAAAUCCAAUGCUACUCAAGCUGGUUUUCUUCCAAAUCAUCAGUGGGUUUCUGAUGUCAAUCUUUCUUCUUGUCCAAGCAAUGACCGCCGAAAUGAGAUUAGUGUAAAUCAUAGGGUCUCAUUUGAAUUAUCGGCCGGAAAAGUACCGUCAUCCGUGGAAAACAAGCCACCAACAUCAUCAUCAGCAUGGAAUAGGCUCAUAUCAUCGAAAUUCAAAAACAGUGCGGCUGCAGCAGCAACAGACAAAGACGAGAAUGUGUGUGAUGACAAACAAGUUGUUACAGAAACUCUUAUUGAUACACCAAAGCAAACAAAAGUGGCGUUGGUUGGCGAUGACGCAACUGUUGAUGAGAAGGAUCAUCAGUCUUUAACCCUUUCUUCUUCUACGAAAGAAUUCAAUUUUAAUAAUGCAGAAGGAGGGGAUUCUCCUCCACCAAAUAUAGUUGCUGAUUGGUGGGCUAAUGAGAAAGUUGCAGGGAAUGAAAGUGGAGCCUCAAAGGAUUGGUCUUUCUUCCCAGUUAUUCAACCUGGUCUCAGCUAACCAGAAAAAGACUAACAUAUUAUAGUGGAUUUUGUUCACAAAAUUUGUGUUACUACUUGCAGAACACAACAGCAGCACCUGCUAAAUUGAAUGGUGGUGAAUUUAGAUUGGGAAAGUCUAACACAGUGAUGUCUCGGGGUUUGUAUUUUGAACGCAAUGGCCCCGGAAGCAAUAGAGUUUGAAUAAUUCGUGUUUGGUAGCUUCUUUUUCCACCCGCGUGCACUUCGGAAGUAAACUUUCAGAAAAAUAUACUUUUUUGCUGUCUCGAAGUAUACUUCGAGACAAAGUGUGGUGUAGGAAAUAAAAAGUUCCUUUUGUGUUUCUGUAGUUGUUACGAAGUUUGGGUUAGAAAUAGUUGUAUGUACAUAUUUAGUGUUUGUAUCAUAUCCUCUCUUGAUUUGCAAUAGAAAGCGUUUAUAAGUCAA